GUGUCUUCUCCAGUUCUCCUCUUCUCCCAUCCAUUUCUCGCGCGCUCUCUUCUCUCUCUCCCGAGCGAGCGAGCGAGCUUGCUGCGGAAGGAUUCAUCCGAGACGGCGAAGCUGCCAUGGCUGAGGCGUUGUUCAACGGUGUAGUGGCGUCGCCGUGCGGUGGCGACGUGGGCGCGGGGCUCGCCGGCCGGGUGAGGGGCGCCGCGGCGGCGCUCGCCGAGUCCGUGCCGAUCGGCGGGUACAGCACCAAGGGCUCGUUCUCCGCCGGGAGGAUGGCGGUUUGGGACAGGAAGGCGAGGCCUCUGCCUCGGAGCCUCGAAGCGGCGCCUGGACAGAUGAACCUGACGAUUGCGAAGGCCAUGAGAUGGUGGGAGAAGGGGCUGCAGCCCAACAUGCGGGAGAUCGAGUCCGCGCAAGACCUCGCCGACUCCCUGCUCAACGCCGGCGACAAGCUCGUCGUCGUCGACUUCUUCUCCCCCGGCUGCGGUGGCUGCCGUUCCCUACACCCCAAGAUUGCCCAGUUUGCCGAGAAGAACCCGGACGUGAUGUUCCUGCAAGUGAACUACGAGACACACAAAUCCAUGUGUUACAGCCUGCAUGUACAUGUCCUCCCUUUCUUCAGGUUCUACAGGGGAGCUCAGGGCCGGGUCAGCAGCUUCAGCUGCACCAAUGCAACUAUCAAGAAGUUCAAGGACGCGCUCGCGAAGCACGGACCGGACAGGUGCAGCCUCGGCCCUGCACGGGGGCUCGAGGAGUCGGAGCUCGUGGCCUUGGCUGCAAACAGGGACCUGCAAUUCACCUACGAGAAACCGGGCCUUGUCCCAAUUGCAGAAGCCAUUGCGAAGGAAGCUGCUCAACCCGGAGGGCCGUGGGUUCCUUUGCCUGCGACCGCGACGCAGCUGCUCACUCAGGGAUCUGAGAGCUCGUUGUUGUCGUCUGGAAGAUAGGCAGUGGUUUCAUGUCCAUUGUUUGUACAGAUUUACUAAUUCUUGGUCUGAUGUAUGUGUGACAUAUUGAGAUGCAGAUGUGCAGGCUUAGGCUUUUAGUUUAUAAGCCUGCUGAUUACUACUCCAUUGUGUAUGUGUUGUAGUAGCUGGUCCUUGCUCAAGCAUAAAAGUCCUUGCUUGAGGACCCAUGUCUGUAUGCAUUGAGAAUUCGUUCCUUCAUGAUCGAUUAUCUAUCUGCAUGCUUGAGCUACCCGUUC